AUGACUCCUCCUCCUUCCAUGAGCCAACAAUCUUUCGAGACGAACGAAGGUUCGAUUAGGGAGUUCGUUUCCAGGCUAGUGACCUCUAUCCUGGACGCCAGUCAAAGCUCCAGGAAAUCCGCCGGACAGACCAUCGAAGAAUCCAAGGCAGAACGCGCGAAAUCGCAAAACAAAAACUUCAAGCCUUUUCCCCGACUCGACCAAGUCUUGGAUCUUGGCAUCAUAUCGGAUUGCCAGGUCAAAUCUAUCAUGCCGGCCCAAGCACUCCCAAAUCUUGACAAGUCUCUCGCAGGUUAUCUGCAGAAUCAAGGUGUCUCCUGGACCAAAGAAUGCGGAGAAUCCGCCAAAUCCACCGGGACCGCACCUUUCUUAGAUACGGUGUGGGACGGAGCGAAGUUUCAAAUCCCAAUUGACGCAGACAGCAGCAGUACCUCGAGUGCCAAAUGGUACUACGUAUACGCCGAAGGAUUCUGGUCGAAAGACAGGAAACGCAAACAGAUAGAGUUCCGCGUUUUGCGAGCAGCAACUGAAUGGACAUCCGCGCCAGAAGAAGACUGUAAUGAGUCGGCCCAGGGAACUCUGAUAUGUCAGCAGAUUAUCGAUGCGCUUGCAGAAGGAAUCUUCCCAGAGACGACUGAAGUACCCAGAUGGCGAAGAUGGCGAUUCCAUAAAUCAGUCCAGACAACAAAACAGCGAAAUCCGGUUUACAAGACGGACAAAGGAACGUAUGAUUCGCCACUUGAACUUAUUCAGUACAUAACGUCUGACUGUACAAUAUGCCCUCAAGUCAGGACGUACAUAGAGACUGCAUCGUUUCACUCUCAAAACUCCAGUAGUUGGUCGACCGGUUCGGAAUGCUCCUCGCAUUUCAAUCCGCGUCGUCCGCACCUCGUCGCAAGUACGUUCGCGACUUCGCUUCGAGACACAACAUCUGGGCUGGCGAAACGGAUCAAGCCGUCAUGGGACACUUCGUCUAGUCUCCGCCAGCCAGAGGACACGGAGUCAUUCCACCAUGAUAUCCAACAUGAUAUCGAAUCCAAACUGCGCCGCAGAGAUUCUGCCAUAGAACAGAGCCAUCCGGGGCUCCUUCGCAGUAAGGCCCUCAGUACAGAAGGUCAUCUUGAAGUGUUCAAGACGGACAAAGAAUGGGACGCAACGAGGUUGAUUAUAGCCUUGAUUGGGCGAGACGUGAGAUCGUACCAUCCGCACGAAGUCGCGGUCGGUACGGGCGACGUCUGUAUCGCUGUUCCUCAGAAAGACAGCAACUCUCUGCUCAAAGCCGCGGUUGCUGGUCAAAACCGCAACAAGAUAUCGUGCCCCAGAGUAAACAACCUGUCUACUAGGAUUGCCACCAUCGAUCUAGCGGCCGAACAGAGGGAGACACACCGCAUCAACCAUCACUAG